UAAUUUAAUAUUUAUUUCAACUGUAAUUUAACAAAACAAAAAAAAAAACAAGAUGAAUCGUAAUCUACAUUCCCCGACGAAAUUAACGGAAUUUGCGCGUGAUUUCGACAUUGAGCCAGAUACGUUUUUCGCCAAAUUCGUUCAUAAAAUUACCAAUGUUUACAAUAGUGGCUAUAACACAGUAAACGUUGUGCCAGCAAAUCGACAGAAUUUUUUACACGGUCCAAAUACUUCCGGCAUCUCAACACCAACGUAUUCAUUAAAUGAAGGUAGUUCCGAUGGUCUCGAAUCGGAUCAACUAUCUAUCAAAUCACAGUUACCAUCGACUAGUAAGGAUGAUGAUGAAUAUGAUCCUAAUCAGGCAGACGAUUAUCCACCAUUGCAACAUCGGAGCGUUCGCAAUCCGCUUAGUGUUAUGCAGCGCAUUAGUAGUUUAAUGGCUAUUAGGAAUAAUAACAAUUUGACUAGUUAUAAAGACACCGAACUCCAUCAAUUUUGGAUGCCCGACAACAAAUCCAAAGAAUGCUAUGAAUGUACACAAAAAUUUUCAACAUUUCGACGAAAGCACCAUUGUCGAUUGUGUGGCCAAAUAUUUUGCUCGAAAUGCUGUAGCCAAGUGGUUCCGGGCAAAAUUAUCAAUUGUUCGGGUGAUUUGAAAGUGUGCACCUAUUGUUCGAAAAUCGUAUUGACCUAUUUGAAUUCGUCGGAUAUAAAUUUGGAUUUAAAAUCCGAUUUGCAAGCCUUACAAGAUGAUUUAGCGAAAAAGUUUCAGUUGCAAAGCGAUGAAAGUAGUUCAAUGGUACAGGAAUCAUCAUCGCCACAGCGAAAAAUCUCCGUUGGUUAUCAAGAGGAGCGAUUAUUGUCACAGCCAAAGUACCUGUUGUCAAAUGCCGAUCGUAAGAAUAUUCUACAACAAUCGACAUCGUUGAAGGUGUUAUAUGAAGAUGUUGCAAAAGCGUUGCCAAAUCAAAAUCCCGGCUCCGAUAUCAUUCACUAUUUGAUUACGAAGAAUAAAUCGUCGAAUAAAUCACAGGCGAUCGCUAUCUUGACGGCAAUGAUUGAAGCCGGUUACAUCAUUGAAAUCGAUACGACCGGACUGAAUCCACCGAAUUCAGUCAAACAGCGAGCAUUUUACUAUGACGAAAACGAGGAGGGAAAUAACAGCAGCACUCCCAGCAGCGACAAUGAUAUUUUGUAUGAGUUCAAUGAAAAUGCAUUCUACAAAUUGCUGCGACCAAGCGAAAUAAUGUCGAACAGCGGAACAUUCGACCUUAAUAUGGACGUUGACAAUACGUCGGUGCAUUUGAGCAAACCAGAAGCCGCUAAAUCUGGCGUCGAUGGGUCAGUUCAAAGUCAACAGGGUUUAAGUUCAGCUAGAACUCGUGAAUCUGAUAUUGAAGACACGGUCAUUUCAACGACCGGUUCGAAGGGCUUACAAGAAGCGUUUUGCCGACAUGAAGACAUGCUGUUGACGCAAUUGCUUCGCACUGAAAACUUGGACGAAUCAUGGGCAAAAACGUUGAUACCGAUUUGUGCUCGUAUCGUGAACACACUGCCGCCGGAAAUGAUUGGCCGAAAUCAAAUGGACAUUCGUAACUAUGUGAACUUCAAAAAAGUGUCCGAUGGCUCAAGAGGUGAUAGUUGCAUUGUGCGCGGUGCUGUCUUUUCGAAAAAUGUCGUACACAAAGAUAUGGCCACCACAAUCAACGAUGCCCGAAUCUUGUUGCUUCAAUGUCCGAUUGUUUACCAACGUGUCGAGGGCAAAUAUGUUACAAUCGAAACAUUAUUGCUGCAAGAGCGUGAAUACCUAACGAAUGUAGUCGGUCGAAUCCGUUCACUGGGUCCAAACAUAAUAUUCGUGCAUAAAAAUGUGUCGGGUAUUGCCCAAGAGAUGCUACGAAAAUGUAAUAUAACACUUGUGAUCGAUGUAAAAUUAUCGGUGCUAAAACGACUAUCCCGAUGCCUACAAUGUGAUGUUGUAUCGUCAAUCGAUUCGAAUAUUGGCCGCCCAAAAUUGGGUAUCUGUGAAAAAUUCUACAUUCACACAUUCACUAAUUCGGUUGGCAUGGUAAAAACGUUAAUGUUUGCCGAGACACCGUCAAAUCCGCGCGGCUGUUCAGUACUUUUGCGCGGUGGUACUGACAACGAAUUGGUUCGAGUGAAGCGUGUCGCCGCUUUUCUCCUAUUUGCCCGUUACAAUUGGCGCAUGGAAAUGUCAUUUUUGUUGAACGAAUUUGCACGUGCACCAUCACCAAAACCAAACAUCUUCGAUUCAAAAGAUUACAGCCCAUGUGCGGAAAUCAAUCAAAAUGCAACUACAUCGCUGUCAACUACGUUGAAUGGCCAACAGGAGAAAAAUAAUUCAAAUCAUCGUGUGAAAAAGCCGGAAAAGAAAACCGACGAAAAAUUGGUCACAAAAGAAAAUGUGCAAGACUUUUCGGAUCCAUUGCGUGCGGCAGAUCUUGCACCAAGCGCAUUCAGCUCGGAAUGUUCCGUGAAGUUUGCCGUUGAACAACCCUGUGAUAAUCGCUUUCGAACAGCACUCAGUUCAACGGUUCUGUCAAUUAGCCCAUUCUUACUGUUUCCGUUGCCGUAUUUGGAAACGGAAAUCGGACGCAAGUGUGCACUACGCACUCGAUUCCCAAACGAACUCUACUACUCGAAACAAUGGUCGGAUAAUAUUGAAAAAUUUUACCACAACCACUCACCGGCUGCUAAAUCAAAUGAAGAUGAAAAAGCUGCAUUGCAUGACUUCCUCUUACAUAAAAUUGUUGAACCAUCGGAAAACAAAGAUUUUCAAACACUUUUGGCCAAUUUCCGGUCAUCCGGUGGAAUGCUGAAGAAAAAACCGAAAAUGGAGGCAAUCAUUCGAAAGCCGCAACGGCCAGAACAAAUCAACAAUACAGACGCCGUUCAACUGAAAGACGCUUUAGACAUUAACAAUCAUCAAUCAAUUCCGCUGUUGUUCACCUAUUUUUACUACAGCCCCGAUGGAACGUUUUCAUUUUGCGUCCAUCCUAAUCUAUUGAAUAUCUCAUUUUAUGGCGACAAUGACAUCAUGUUGGGCCAAUUUCUUGAACGAUACUGUUUUGAUAAUUCCUAUGUGUGUGGCGCUUGCAAACUUCCAGUAUUAGGUCACAUUCGUCGAUAUGUACAUUCGAUGGGCUGUGUUACGGUAAAAUUGAAUGAAGAAGAACAAAAGCAUAAGCAAAUCACGAUGUUUUCAUGGUGCUCCAAAUGUAAAGCAGUCUCAAAAAGUGUUACCAUGCAAAAAGACACAUAUUGCCUUUCGUUUGGAAAAUAUCUUGAGCUGCGAUUUCACGGUCAUGCCUACCGUUGCCGCGAUUUAAAACGUGAUGAAUCCGAUUCGACAUCACCAAAAAGUGAAAAUGAUUCGGUUUGUACGCAUUCACUGCAUCGUGAUCAUGUUCAGUAUUUCUCCUAUAACGGAACAGUGGCAUCGUUCUGUUAUACACCAGUCCAAGUAUGGGAAAUUAGUUUGCCAUCGCUGAAACUUCUGUUGAAAAUCCAUCAAACAAAUGAACCGGUUGCAAUUUUGGGCGACAUUAAACCGUUUUCUACGCGUGGCUAUGAGAUCUUUGCCACGAUCUACGAUCGACUGGCGCAGUUGCUGUGCGAUGUCGAGUUUCCACUGUUGAACUCAUUGAAACGAACAUUGAACAAUGACCAGUUGGUGUUUCGUGAAAAAGUUGGUGUGGUUCAAGCGCUGCUUUCAGAAACAUCGGUCAAUGUUUAUGAGAUUGAUGAUGCUGUGUUCACAAUGAAAAAGACACUCGCUGACAGCAUUGAGGCAUGGCAACAACGAUUGACGGAUGCAUCGAUUCAAUAUCGCGCCAUUUGUGCGGCUGCAGCUAAAUCGGAUUCAUCGAGUUCAACUCCAGCUGCCAGUGCAACUCCUCCAGUUCAGCAGACUACAAUAGAACGCGAAUCCGUGGAAGGACCCUUUGUUGAUUCGGGUACAAUUUGCAACGAAGAUUUCCGAUCUGAUCCCGAAUCUCCAAUGAACGGUUCAAAGUCGAAUGUGUUUCUCAGUCGUGAGGUUAGUGUUGAUUCAGAGAGUUCUGUAACACAAAAAAGUAGUACAACUGAUGGAGCCAGCAUCAGCCUAAGUACAAUACCGAACGCUAUCGUUGAACGUGAAAUCAAAACAUCAACAUCGUCCGACAAAAAGAGCGUGAAAACGAUUCUGCGUGAGCUAUUGCCAAGUGAAAAAAGUGUACAACCGCUACCAUCGCCACUUCCGCCGAAUGAACACUUAUCACUACCGAUCGGAUAUGUUCCGGUGUUGGUUCAUGAUCAAGACUUUAGUUCGGUAAUUGCAUACUGUUUGGCCUCAUUUGACUACAAACGAAAAUUGGACAGUUUGAGUUUCUGUGACAUUCAUCGUAAGUCAUAUGAUGCAACGACCGACACUGAUGAUGCAUCGUCUCCGGCGGCUUCGAGCAGUAAGGAGAGUGAAAAGGAGAAAAAAUCCAAAGCAGCACAAACCCAUAUCGAAAUGAAUUUCCAAGAUUCAACAUCCGCAACGCAAUUCACAUGCAAAGUGUAUUUUGCACGUGAUUUUGACUCGAUGCGCAACAAGCUACUCAGUGUGGACGGUUCAUUUGAUGGCAAUGAAAAGGCAUCCUUCUAUCGACGCCAGCAUACAUCGGACGGUGAGGGAAAAUCGAGCAAAGACUUUGAUCGAAAAUCCAGUAACAACAGCUUGAACACCAGCAAUGAUCCACUCAAAUCCGAUGACAAAAGCGACGAUGCACAGAAAAAAGAAGUGGACAAGGUACGAGCAGCGUUCAUUCGAUCAUUGAGCAAAAGCGUGAGAUGGGAAGCACGAGGCGGUAAAAGUGGAUCGAAAUUUUGUAAAACAAUGGAUGAUCGUUUCGUUUUGAAAGAAAUGACCAAAAAUGAUAUCUCAAAAUUCGAAUACUUUGCGCCAAAUUACUUUGAUUACAUCAAUCAGUGUUUGCUCGGCAAUAAACCAACACUUCUGGCCAAAAUAUUCGGCGUUUUUAAAGUGAUCAUCAAGAAAAAAGAUAAUGUUCAAGAAAAAUCUCUGCUGAUUAUGGAAAAUCUCUUUUAUGACUAUGAUAUUGAUAAUAAGUUCGAUCUAAAAGGUUCGCUACGAAAUCGGCUGGUCGAUCCAAAUAAUCAAAACGGUGAAGAAACCGUGCUUCUCGACGAAAAUCUCAUACAGAUGUCUUGGUCUAAUCCAUUGUACAUACUCGCCCACAGCAAAUCGGUUCUGUGCGAUGCCAUCAAUCGUGAUGCAACGUUUUUGGAGAAAAAUGAUGUUAUGGAUUAUUCAUUAUUGGUGGGCUUGAAUAAUUCCGGCAAACUCCUUGUCAUCGGUAUAAUCGAUUACAUUCGAACCUAUACGCUUGACAAAAAAAUCGAAUCGCUGGUAAAAUCGAAUUUAAUGGGAAAACAAGAUUUGCCAACGAUUGUGUCGCCAAAAUUGUAUCGCGAGCGUUUUACAAAGGCAAUGAAUCGAUAUUUCUUGGCUGUUCCAGACCGAUGGGAAGGAUUACGAAUUGAAUAACGAGACUCGACUAAAUAAUUGAACAAAAUUUUCUCUAAUUCCCAAGCAAAAGAGUACGAUUUGUUUCUAUCGUGACGAUACAUUUCAUCGUGGAAUAGCGGCCAGCGCAUGUACACAACACUUCUCCUUUCUCACUGCUGCUAUGUUAAACAUAGUAUGCUGUUCACGCACACCGAUAGAGCCAAAUCGUAAUCUUUCGCUUGGGUUUGACUAACUUACGAAAUGGUAAAUUAACUUUCAUUUUGUAAAAUGAUUUUUAAAAGAAUUUAAAUAAAAAUAUUUCGAAAAUAUUUACUAAGCCAA